AUGUUUAGAGCAGAUGGUUCUAGAUCCAAAACACCAAGUCCUGAAGAAUACGAUGAUUUAAGAAUUUUUGGGUACGAUCCAUUGGUAUCUCCAGCUUUGUUACAAAGAGAAGUUCCGUUAUCCAAGAAAUCGAUCUCAACGAUUGUCAAAGGCAGAAAGGAUUCGAUUGAUAUAUUAAUAGAUAUAUCGGACAAAUUACUAGUUGUUGUUGGACCAUGUUCGAUUCACGAUUCAGUUGCAGCAAUGGACUAUGCUCAUCGAUUAAAAGAAGAAGCUAAAAAGCAUGAGAAUGAAUUAGUUAUAGUCAUGAGAUGUUAUUUGGAGAAACCAAGAACCACAGUUGGAUGGAAGGGAUUGAUCAAUGAUCCGGAUGUUGAUGAAAGUUUCAAUAUCAAUAAGGGAUUGAAAGUGUCUAGAGAUUUGUUUUCGAAAAUAACUGAUUUGGGGAUCCCUAUUGCGUCUGAAAUGUUGGAUACAAUUUCCCCACAAUAUUUGGCUGAUGCGUUAUCGUUUGGAGCCAUUGGAGCCAGAACUACCGAGUCUCAAUUGCAUCGUGAGUUGGCAUCUGGGCUAUCGUUUCCAAUUGGCUUUAAGAAUGGUACCGAUGGCUCCAUUGAUGUAGCAUUGGAUGCGGUUCAAGCUGCUUCUUACGGACAUCAUUUUAUGGGUAUUAAUAAGAGCGGAUUAGCAUCAAUCACAUUUACAAAAGGAAAUAAGCAUUGCUUUAUUAUAUUAAGAGGGGGCAAAAACGGAACCAAUUAUGACGAAGAAUCAAUUUCCAAAAUCAAAAGUAAGAGCAAAGAUAUACCAUUGAUGAUCGACUGUUCGCAUGGAAAUUCUAGUAAAGAUUACAGAAACCAACCAAAGGUUAACAAGUCAGUUUGUGAGCAAAUUGCUAAAGGCGAGACUAAAAUAAUCGGUGUGAUGAUCGAAAGUAAUAUCUUCGAGGGCAAUCAAAAGGUUCCCCCAGAAGGGAAAUCCAAGUUGAAGUAUGGUGUUUCGAUCACAGAUGCUUGUGUAAGCUGGGAAACCACUGUUGAUAUGUUAGAAGAGUUGGCUGAUGCAGUGAAAACUAGAAGAACUUUAUAA